UUGGGAGCAGAAAAGGGACCUGGAGAGACAAAGGGAAGGAGUUCUCUGGCUUGGUGGAGAUUUCAGGACAAAGGCAAGGACCGGUGUUUCCCAGGAUGUCAGGCAGGAAAGAGCAGCGAGUCCCAAAGCCCUGCAGGAAGAAGCCAGAGGAAGAGAAAGGGAAACCAUGGAAAGAGUCUCGUGGAGCCAGUGGCAGAGUGGAAGUCCCCAGCACCCAAACCACGGCUGGAAGAGGUGGCAAACUCAUCCAAGGACAGUGAGGAAUGACAAGGAAACAUCCUGUGAGAGCCAGGCAGAGGGUGGACCAGGUGUUUCACCCACCUAAGGAGCUUCCCCAGGGAAGAGAGGGCCGUGCAGCCCCCCGGGCACGACACAUUUUACAGCCUUUGUGGAAAAUUCCAGCCCUGCAUAAUCUCCUGGGGUUCCUGUAAGAUUGUGACACGGAGAAAGGGACCAAACAGGAAAGAAUUAGAGGGAAAAAUGCCUCUCUCCUGGCAGCCACCAUGGCUGUGCCAGGAGUUAGCAGCAGCAGAGCAGCCAGCCCUGCCUCCCCCUCCUCCGGCCGCCUCUAUAAACACGCAGGGCUUACUCAGAAGAUUAGGAGGGAACGGGGCAAAAGACAACAGAGUCUCUUUUGUAAUGAGGAAGGAUUACAGCAUCAAGUGACCGGCUGCAGCUCCCAAGUGGGUCUCAGGCUCCUUAGCACAGCGUGUCGGGCAGGUUCAAUCCCCCCAUGAGCCAAGGGGGCACGGGGAGGCGGGCGUGGCGUGGGCCACAAAGGACCCAGCGGGGACACGUGCGGCACCAAACCUCCCCAGCCUCCAGCGCGGCAGAGGAGCCCGGCACUGAGCUGUGAUGACGGUGACUUACACCAACCGUGUGGCCGACGCCCGCCUGGGCACCUUCUCCCAGCUCCUGCUCCAGUGGAAAGGGAGUAUCUACAAACUGCUCUACUCAGAGUUCCUGAUUUUCAUCUUGCUCUACUUCACCAUCAGCCUUGUCUACAGGCUGAUCCUGAGCGAGAGCCAAAGGCUGAUGUUCGAGAAGCUGGCGCUGUACUGCAACAGUUAUGCUGAGCUAAUCCCUGUGUCCUUCGUGCUGGGUUUCUACGUGGCGCUGGUGGUGUCGCGCUGGUGGGCUCAGUACGAGAGCAUCCCGUGGCCCGACCGCAUCAUGACGCUGGUGUCCUGCAACGUGGACGGGGAGGACGAGUACGGGCGGCUCCUGAGGCGCACCCUGAUGCGCUACAGCAACCUGGUCAGCGUGCUGAUCCUGCGCUCCGUCAGCACCGCCGUCUACAAGCGCUUCCCCAGCAUGGAGCACGUCGUGAGGGCCGGCCUCAUGACACCAGAGGAGCACAAGAAGUUCGAGAGCUUGAAUUCCCCCCACAACAAGUUCUGGAUCCCAUGUGUGUGGUUCUCCAACCUGGCUGUGAAGGCGAGGAAUGAUGGGAGGAUCCGGGACAGUGUGCUGCUCCAAGGAAUCCUGAAUGAGCUCAACACCCUGCGCAGCCAGUGCGGGAGGCUCUACGGGUACGACUGGAUCAGCAUCCCCCUGGUCUACACCCAGGUGGUGACCGUGGCUGUUUACAGCUUCUUCCUGGCCUGUCUGAUCGGGAGGCAGUUCCUGGAUCCAGAAAAAGCAUAUCCUGGCCAUGAACUGGAUCUCUUCGUGCCUGUCUUUACAUUUUUGCAAUUCUUCUUUUACGCUGGCUGGUUAAAGGUGGCCGAGCAACUCAUCAACCCUUUUGGGGAGGACGAUGAUGACUUUGAGGCCAACUGGCUCAUCGACAGGAACCUGCAGGUCUCCCUCAUGGCAGUGGAUGAGAUGCACCAGGAUUUACCCAUCCUGGAGAAGGACCUCUACUGGAAUGAGCCUGAUCCCCAGCCACCCUACACAGCAGCCACCGCCGAGUACAAGCGCCCAUCGUUCCUCGGCUCCACUUUUGAUAUCAGCAUGCAGAAAGAAGAGAUGGAGUUCCAGCCCCUGGAGCAGAUCAAGGAGAACGAGGAAGCCAACCACUCCACCCCGUUACUGGGACACCUGGGACGCCUCCUGGGCGUCCAGUCACCAAACUUCUCCAGGUCCUCCUCCCGGAUGAACCUGCUGCGCAGGCGAGGAGAGCCCACGUCGCCCUUCUCCCACUACACCUACCAGGACAUGGGGAAGUCAGGAAGUCCUUGUGGCAUCCAUCAGCCAAAGGGAGACUCCCAGGAGCAGUGGGACGGCGAAGAUGGGAAACUCAGGGAGUUGGAUGCCUUCAUGUCAACCCCUUUCUAUGAGAGACCCGGUUUCUACAGCGCUCCCCAGACACCCAUCAGCUCCAUCCCCAUGAUUUUCCCUUCCAGACGCCAAGGCCGGAAGAAACCACCUGCUCUCUCCAGCAUCGCUGCCUGCUCCACUUCCCUGAGGGAUGUCAUUGUCAACGCCUCCCCUUCCAGGGCCAGUGAUGUCUACAAGAGCCAGAGCUCCCUGGGCUCCACUGCAAAGGAAACCUUCGUCUGGCCAACGGAUCGGGGCAAAGGGCCCGACUCCACAGCUGUGACAGUGGAGGAGGAAAAGAACAGCUCCAGAGAAGCUGCCAUCACAGGAAGCCCAGGAGCACAGUCCACGGCAUCUGACAGCCCCAAAUUCCCUUUUCUGGCAGAGUCCCCUGACCAGGAGAAGCAGGGCAGCUACAAGAGCCUGAAGAGCUUGAAAGCUUCGCACCCACCCUGGCUGACCCUGGAGAACGCGGCAUCAGCUCCUCCCAGCUCAGAGCAUUCUGGUGCCUUUCACACCCCCGGUAACAAAGUCCCGGGGGGAAGCACCUCCCUCUGCUUCUCCUUCACUCCUGUGACCUCUCCAGCCCUGGAGAGAUCCCACAAGGGGAACCUCGGCCCCGACGCUCGCAGCCUGAGCUUGGAAGACGCAGCCAGCGCUCCAGACCAGCAUCCAGAGGUUUCCAGGAACACGAGAGACACUGGGAAUGGAAGCACCAACCCACCCCCUACAAAAGAGCCAAGAAGAGCAGAGAGUCCAUCCCCCAAUGACUCCGGGAUCUCCCUGGCCGAGGGCGACUUCGUGGGGCUGAUGGAGGUGAUCAUGGAGGCCAGUGAGAGCCCAGGGGAGGAGCAGGUGGACCAGUACAGCUAAAGGAGAAGAGGUUCCAUGGGAUACGCUCCUUGUCCUCACACCUGGCGCUCACCUGAACAGAAGGGCAGUGCUGGACAUGCAGCCAGAGCCCGGCCUGGGCUCCAACCAGCGCUAAGGACACUGCUCCUGGUGUCGGUACCGUAAGCAGGCUCGCCUUCUGCUGUAACAACACAACCACCAAGACCCCAAGUUUUAGCCGGACCCCAAUGAGUGUUAAGUAUUGCUGGUAUCUCAGCAGGCACCAGCCAGGUGUAGCCCAGAACAGGAGCUUAGUUAAAAUGGAUACUUACUCCCCUCCUCACAGCAAGAAGUAGAACUUGAGCUUACAAGUCUCAGGCAGGACUUGCACUACUCCAGGGAAAGUAAGGGACUGAGGCGAGUCACACUAUUAGCGAUGCAGACCCACAGUGCUUCCUCCA